GUCCCGGCAGUCGUCCGCGGCGCGCGCCUCAGCCCAGCACCGGCCGAACCAUGUCUCCUUCCCUGCGCCGGGUGUUCGUGGUGGGGGUUGGCAUGACCAAGUUUGUGAAGCCUGGAACUGAGAAUUCAAGAGAUUACCCUGACAUGGUAAAAGAAGCAGGUCAGAAGGCUUUAGAUGAUGCGCACAUUCCUUAUUCAGCAGUGAAACAGGCAUGUGUUGGUUAUGUUUAUGGUGACUCUACCAGCGGACAGAGGGCUAUCUAUCACAGUUUGGGACUGACUGGAAUUCCUAUAAUCAAUGUCAACAACAACUGUGCUACUGGUUCCACUGCUUUGUUUAUGGCCCAGCAGCUGAUUCAGGGUGGUGUGGCAGACUGUGUCUUGGCUCUUGGGUUUGAGAAGAUGGAGAAGGGAUCCCUUCCAGUAAAAUUUUCAGAGAGGACCCAUCCAAUUGAUAAACAUCUUGAUGUCCUGAUCAAUAAGUAUGGAUUUUCUGCCCACCCAGUUGCUCCUCAGAUGUUUGGGUAUGCUGGAAAAGAACAUAUGGAAAAAUAUGGAACAAAAAUUGAACAGUUUGCAAAAAUUGGAUGGAAAAAUCAUAAACAUUCAGUUAAUAACCCGUAUUCUCAGUUUCAAGAUGAAUACAGUUUAGAUGAAGUGAUGUCAUCUAAAAAAGUCUUUGAUUUUUUGACUCUCUUACAAUGUUGUCCCACUUCAGAUGGUGCUGCAGCGGCAGUUUUGGCUAAUGAAGAAUUUGUGCAGAAGCAUAACGUGCAACACAAAGCUGUGGAAAUUUUGGCACAAGAAAUGGUGACUGAUUUGCCAAGUUCAUUUGAAGAAAAAAGUGUUAUUAAAGUGGUUGGCUUUGAUAUGAGUAAAGAAGCUGCCAGAAAAUGCUAUGAGAAAUCUGGCCUGAGACCAAGUGAUAUUGAUGUAAUAGAACUUCACGAUUGCUUCUCUGUCAAUGAACUGCUUACUUAUGAAGCACUGGGACUCUGUCCAGAAGGACAAGGUGGAACACUGGUUGACAGAGGAGAUAAUACUUAUGGAGGAAAGUGGGUCAUAAAUCCUAGUGGUGGAUUGAUUUCAAAGGGACACCCAUUGGGAGCUACAGGUAAUACAUACAGAUUUCCUACGUUUUAA